CGAAAUUCCAUUGUUGACGCCAUCUCGAUUGCCCUUGACGUCUCACGAUCCCAUUUUCCGUCUCUGUUCUCCUGCUUGUUCUUAUCACAUCUCCCCGCCAAAUCUCUUCCACCAUGCUUGCCAGGUCAGUCCUGAGGUCCUGCGGGCCUCUUCGCCAGAACUUCCGCACAUACGCGACCGAAGCUCAGAAGCCGUCCUCCUCGUCGACACCCUGGAUCGUGGGCGCCGCUGCCGUGGGCGCAGGCGUCAUUGGCUACAACUUCCUGGGAUCCAGCAGCAAGACGGCCAAGGCUGACGCUCCCAAGCCCUCCGAGGAUGCACAGAAAAUGGACAAGCAGGGCCCUGCGCCCAGCAAGACCUUCACGGGUGGGGAGCAAGGAUUCGUCGAUCUGAAGCUCGCGGAGAUCAUCCCGUACAACCACAAUACCAAGAUGUUCAAAUUCGAGUUGCCGGACAAGGACCAUGUGAGCGGGUUGAACGUUGCUUCUGCCAUCAUCACAAAAUUCAAACCGGCCGAUCAGGAAAAGCCGGUCAUCAGGCCCUACACGCCCAUCAAUGAUGAAGACGUCAAGGGCUAUCUCGAACUUCUGGUCAAAGUCUACCCCAACGGGCCUAUGUCCGAACACAUCCACGGCAUGAAACCAGGUGAAACCCUCUCGUUCAAAGGUCCCAUCCCGAAAUACCCCUGGGCGCCCAACAAGCACGAGCAUAUAACCCUGAUCGCCGGCGGCACGGGCAUCACGCCCAUGUACCAGCUGAUCCGCGCCAUCUUCAAGAACCCCGAGGACAAGACCAAAGUCUCGCUCAUCUUCGGGAACAUCAAGGAAGAAGACAUCCUGCUCAAGCAGGAGCUGUCUAAGCUGGAGAACGAGUUCCCCCAGCGGUUCCGGUGCUUCUUUACCCUGGACAACCCGCCCGAGAGCUGGCCGUACGGCAAGGGCUUCAUCACCAAGGAAUUGUUGAAGGAGGUCAUCCCGGAUCCGAAGAGCGAGAACAUCAAGAUCUUCGUCUGUGGACCUCCGGGCAUGUACAAGGCGAUCAGCGGCGCGAAGACGUCUCCGCAAGACCAGGGCGAGUUGACCGGCAUCCUGAAGGAGCUGGGCUACACCAAGGACCAAGUGUUCAAGUUUUAGAUGUUGGUGGGUGAAGCAUCUUGUGUCUUUCGCCAAUAGAUAUAAAUUUUCCGCCCUAGAGAGAGGGGGAGGGAGAAGGAGACAAAGAGAACAAGAGCAGAAAGAAAAGUUGAUGCUGGGAAAAGAAUAAAGAGGUCAUCCUGAACCAAAGUGUACAACAGUCAACAAAACUAUUGUACAUAUAUAGAGGCACUCUGAUCAAUCAUGAGAUUGUCCAACGGUACCGAACAAACAAAAAUCCACUAGAUUGUCAAUAUGGAAGCUUCUGACACUACCAAA